AUGCCGGCAUUUCAAGCGAUUAAUCUCGAGCCAGAGGAUAACAACGACGAGCAAAUUGAUACGACCAAAGAAAUCCAUGUUGAUGAAGCUUUGAAACGAUUCCAAAAUGCCCUAAAACUCCAUGCGCAAGGCCCACGAUCGCGCGAAGCUGCAGAGGCUGCAUACAAGGGGCUUUUCGAAUCCGAAAUUUUUAAAUACCGAGAGGCCAAAACCGAAUACGAACGAGCAGAGCGACAUGCAGACGGCCAACCAGAGUUAUCCGACUUGGACGCUGCCCUUACAGAUGGGGGAUUAGAUGUCGAUGCUGGAGGAGCGGAUGGCGUUGCAGCAAGCCUAGCCCAGGCACUUUAUCUCUCCCACAAAAACUAUGGCCAGUUCUUUGUUGAUCAGUAUAAGGACGAAUCAAAAUCGGACCCGGCAUGGAAGGGGAAGACCCGGCUGAAUUACCAAGACGAACGUGGACGAAAAGUCUUGAACAGCUGGAUGACUGCUUUAGACCAGGACCCUUCCGAUCCCGAGCUCUGGAGAAGGACUGCCCGAUUUGCUGGUGCAAUGAACAGUAACCGUAUCAAGCGGUAUUGCCUUGAAGCUGGGAUUGAGUUGGAUGACGACCCAGCUGUGAUGGAAGUUGAGCCGCCGUCAUUAGCAGAAGGAAUGGCAGGAGAGCAAUUGAAAGAUCAAUUGCAGCUCUUUAGUGAUGAGAUGGCUUUAUCGCACCCGGUCAUGGCACCAUGGCUCAAGAAGAAGAUGCCUGCGCUUCUCAAGCGCCAUCUCGAUCCCAUCCCUUUCCUUCCCGACCCCACCAAGUCAUUAACACCACCUGAGACUCCUGUAGCUGAGGACCAGACAGCUCAAGAUACAGAGAUGGGCGAAGUUGACGAUGUUGGUCACCAAAAUCCCAAAUCUUUGGCAUCUUGGGCAGACCUUGGACUAGAGCUCAUGAACUGCCAUGAGACGUCGCCCGAAGCUUUCGACAUAUGCGACGAGAUUGUUCAGAGUAGCUUGGAAGAUGUUCCUAUGGAAACACCACCGAAUGAGACCGAAAGUAUCAGUUCGGAGAUUGAGGUUGCAGUUGAUAGGCCUGUUGAACCAACAGAGUCGCCAGAGAGGGAUGCCGCUGACAAGGAGCCGAAAGAACAGAAAGCGGCAUCCGAAGGUACCGAGGAUAGUCAAAAAACCAGAGAUGAAACACAAAAGGAGUCGAAUGGGGCAUUGACAAGAAAACGAUCGCAAUCUGCAGCAGGACUGCCAGACGGCGCGGAAGAAGAAAAUACGAUUGAGAAACGGAGCAAGCGAGUUCGACGAAGAGAAACACUUCAAGCUGAGGAAGCCACCGACCCCAGCACCAUAAUUGCUAAUCAACUGCAGCCCUAUCAAGGAGCUGACCAAAAUCUCUUCCAAAUGACCAAGAGCAUUCUAGAGAAUCUGGGUGUGGAAGACAAGUCGACUUUCGAGUUUAUCACUGAGCUCAUUGAUUCAUGUGAUGCUGAAGACCGGCCCGGAAAGAUAACAAAUCUUGCUGCAUGUGAUCUCAACACAGUUAUUGUUGACUUCCAAGACAAGGUCGCCAAGGUGUUCCUGAACAAGAAUGAGCAAGCCAGUCUUGGGCCAUCUUCUUUCUUGGAGCACGCAAAGACUGGCUCGCAGGAUCAGACUCCAAAUCCCGUGUUUAGCGAAACCCAAGGAUUAAGGUCUUUUGCCAGGAAGAUCGGAGGAUGCAGAUCAUGGAUGACAGCCGAAGACGUAACAUACGAAUGGGUCAGGGCCAUCAGUCAAAGCUACGCGACAGCCAAGUGGUCCGAUAGCAUGAAGCUAUGUGUGGUGCAAAUGCUCAAUCGAAAGGAUUCGUUGUUAUAUCAGAAGAUAACAGAGGAGAUGGAAUUGGCUGCUGGUUCUUCUGAGAGGCUAGCAGAACUCGAAAAUGUUGUACCCAUGCUUUUUGAACUUCAUAUCGACAUCUAUGAGCUUAUUACCAACCCUAGCAGCGUUGUGGAUUAUGCAACUCGGAUGGACACAAAAUAUCGUCUCGGACGAUGGCUCGACGUUGCUUCAGCAUACCUCCACUUACGAGAUCGCCCUCCAAACGACCCUCUCACCGCCCGUUUCCUAUGGGCCUCAGUUCUUGUGUCCUCACAUUCUGAACAGCCCAUGCGCGAGCAUAUUCUUCUCAUGUGGACAUCUUUACGAGACCAUCUGACAGAUGAGAAGAUACCAACUAUUUCGCUACCAAACAACGUCGUUAUGCCAACGAUUUCACCAGCUGCUGCUGAUCGUGAAAUUUCCAAGCUGACGACAAUGGACUUUUUCCUCGGACUCUUUCAAGAUAACAUGGAUGAUCCGGUCCACGUUAUCGAAACGUUGGAGCCUGUGCUCAACCCAUCAUCAGUGUGUGCCCCUGUUCAAGAUUCGGCGUCAGAGAUUACGGACUCUGAGGCCUCGGACUCUGGGGACGACUCGAGCUCAACCGGGAAGCAGAAAAAACCAAUUUCUGAUUGCGCAAGCCAAAGCCUGCAAGAUCUUUGGAAGUUCCUUCACAACAGCAGUACAGAGCUUAGGUUGUUCUUGUGGUCACGUCUUGGAGCUGCCUACGAUGCUAUCGAUUACUCUACCAAGAAAUUCUCUUGUUGUCUCAAGAGCAUUGAGUUAAUUGUAUCAGACUUGGAGGGUAAAACAUACGCUGAUACCCCGCCUGAAUCUCGACGGUUGCUCUUUAUGCGCACUCUGAAAUCACUCGACGAGCUUCUGAUCACGGCUCUAUACUCCGCACUCAAUGACAGCACUGCUUUUGAGAUAAUUGACGCCGCCCAUAUCAAGUCCACUACGGCUGCGAUCGCAAAGGUCAACUGCUUGCUGCAUGUUCAGAGCUUGUGCGAGGAUGAACUUCGCAUUGGAAUCAAGACUGAACGACCAGGCAGUGCUUCGUCGAGAGCUCCUUUCAAGAACAAGUUGAAAGAAAUGCAGAUUCGUGCCUGGUGCCUACAGUACACCUUGUUCAAGGCGGCAAUCACACCUGAUAACUGUAUCAUCGGACCCGAAAAAGACCUCGCUGACUUCCUUGCUGCCAUCCACCAGGUCAUUGGCAUUCGUAAAUUUUGUAAGGCCUCAAACAAAAUCUUCCUCAAGGUCAUGCGCGUUGAGCUUCUCAAGUUGAAGAAUAUUGAGAAUUGGGAAGACUACCUUGCACAAGUGCUUUAUGACUUGCAUGGCCUGAAGCUAGGAGCAGGCAUUUGGGAAGUCCAAGAUCAUGGAUGCCCUCCCGAAAAGCUCGAGAAGCGACAGACCAUGCAGCUUGUGGAGAGGGUAACUAUUCUUGCCAACCGUAUGCCUAUAAAGGACCUUCUCAAGUCAGAUCUCAAGACUACCAUCGACCACAUGCAACAGACCAUCGGUCAGACCAAGUCGACCCCGCAGAUGUAUCACAAUCUGCGCAACUUCACCGAGUACUUGAAAAAGCCGAUUCACCCCUUGCGUCUAUACCAAGCUCUAAUCGGGGACGUUUCGGUAGACGCAGUGUCUGUAAACACACCGGAAACUAUUCUCGCGACACAUGGCUGGUUCUUUUUGCUUGGCAUGAUGGCCCUGACAAAGUUCAAGGGCGUCGAUCUGAAUCGUCGACAAACACCCGGUGCAACUGAUGACUUGCGUAUUGGCGCAACCUUUUUGCGUCUCCAGCUCCAGUUUACUGCAGACAGAUGGGACGCUUGGUUCCGCUUGGCAGAAUGUUUUGACUACGAGCUGGACGAGGCGGUUCUAUGGACCGCCGACAAGAUGAAUAAGGAACGCCCUGAACUAGUCAAGUUCCAGCGAAACGCGAUUCAUUGUUACACGCUGGCACUUUCGCAUUCUCGUAAUGUGGAUGUGGAGACGCAUGACGGCGACCCUCUGCAUGAUCUUUACCACAAGUUUGGCAUGCGAAUGUAUGCUUCAAGUCGCGAGCCCUUUGCUAUGGAACCAUUCCAGCAUUCUGAUCAAGAGAGAUACUUUAUCGAAGAUAUGGGCGCAGGAACCUUCAAGAGGAUUCUUCAUACACAGAUGAACGAGUACAAAGUCUGGAAAUACGCUGCUAAGCUGUUCAGAAUGGCUAUGGACCGAAAGCCAACUGAUUGGAAGAACCCCUACAUGCUCUCCAAGUGCUACUGGAAGAUGUAUCAGACUCGCGACGAUGAACUCGACGUGAAGGAUAUGCGCUCGAAGAUCAGCAUAGAAACCUUGAUAAACACCCUGAAGAAGGCAGUAAAGGUAGCGCACAAUGCUCGGAGAGGUAGGAACAGUGAUCCUAUCCUCGAACCACAUUACAAGAUCGUGUCUAUCUUGCACAAGUUGGUGAUGCGAGGGGACCUACCAUCAAGCGAGGCUGCUACGAUUCUAUCUGAACAACCGUUUGGUCUGGCUGUCAACCCCGACGAUCACUUUGCUUCGUUUUCAGAACCCGAAGACUGGGAGGAGUACAUUAUUCGCAAUCUCUCCAAGCUGAAAGACAAGGAUAAGUCUAACUGGCAACAUCGUAUCAUCUUCAGACAUGCCAGGAUCUUGUUCUGUGAAGAUAAUCCAACGUCGGAGGCCAGUGACCAACUCGUGGAAGCAAAAGCUGCAUUUGGCAUCCUUAGGGAUAGCAUGGUUACUAAGACCAUGGUUAUGAACGUCUGGAAGUGCGAUGCGGAACGGCCUGGCCGGCAUCACGUUUAUACGGAACAGUAUGUUCGCUUUAUGACCAAGUUGUUGGUCAUCAUGGCGGACCGUGUCAAUCUGGAGCAGUUGUUGAGGCGUCUUCGCAAGAAGGGUGCUGACUUUUACCAUUUCACGGAUCUAUGGCAAUCUUGCUGUAUGUCCUACCUCAAGCUACUGCGCGAGGGUUACCAUGUGUCACCAGUCAUGGAUGAUGCGUUCAAAUCACUAUCAAGCGAGGAGUUUGAGGUAGUAGGCGAGAGGAUCGCGACCUGGGCCGCAAGCGAUGGCGCUGAUGUUCCGUUGUUCAACUGCAUGAAGGAUGCAAUUGAGUUGAAAAAGCUCAAUGCUAAUCUUAUGAAAGUGGCACCCAUUGACGACCUUCUGAACGACUGUUACUCACGUAUCUAUUCAGAGAUUGCCAAAACCCUGCCUGGACCAGACCCUAGUAAGGUUGUGGAGGAGCGGCAUCAUGCCAAAGAAGUUGCAGCCCAACUCGAAGCAGCACAAGCAGAGGCCAAGACCACUCUCGCCAGUAUCCUCAACGCUACAAACGGACAGGAGAGUAUCACAGGCACAGCGACUCCCAUGGAAACAGAGAAGCAAGAGGUUGUCCCACGCGCCAGAAGAGCGGGUGUCAGACGGCCUGAUGUGUUGCGAAAGGCCGAACAAGCUGUCAUUCGAGCUAUGGAAGCACCGAAGUCAAGCAAGAGCCGGGUGGGCAGUGUCUCGAGUGGUAAGCGUGGUAGCCACACGCCAAACCAACCUGCAAGCGAAGCUGGCAGCGACGAUGAAGGAGUCGAUGCACAGAUCCGCCGUGAAGCUGGUCAUGAUGGUGACGUGGAUAUGAAGGAUGUGGGAGACGACAAUGAGGAAGAUCACGAAGAGGAGCAUGAAGAGGACCACGAAGAUGAUCACGAAGAAGAACACGAUGAAGAGCACGGCGCGGAAGAGAAGGCCGAGAGCGAGCCCGGCAGUAUUCAUGAUUCAGCGGACGACGAGAGUGAUCUGAGUGACGUGCCCGAAGACUACGACGUGGAGGUGCCCCCGGGGCUUAUGUUUCCCAACCUCGGACAUCAUUCAGACGAAUCCAGUGGAGAAGACGCUGACAGCGAAAGCGAGGGAGAUGAAGAAGCUGAGGAGAGUGAUGGUGCUGAGGAAGCAGAGGAAGAAGAGGACGAAACCCGUGAGGAUGGUGAAGAAACUCUGGGCAAUGAGGAUACAGAGCUAGUGGACGGCGAAGAGGAAGACGAGGCCGAUGGAUCCGAAAGGCCAGAGAAUUGGGAUGCAGACGACUCCAUGCGAGCUGAGGCCUGGUAA